GGAAGACUUCCCAUAAUGCAUCUCGGUGCGCCAACUUCAAACCAGAGCGUAAAAAAAGACGUGUUGUUUACAGUCCAGCGUAGAAGUGUUAAAUGUGUCAUUUUGUCAAACUGUAGCAGCUUCUCCGAAUUCUUCCUGUCAAAGUCAAAGGGCGAUGAACAGUCCGGGAGACCGCAGCGACUCCGCCAGACCCACCGAGCUCUUUGAAGAGCUUUGCAGGCAGCUGAAGGAGUGCCAUCAAAACGCGGUGCAAGAGUUCGAGGCCAAAGUGAGCAAGCUGAAAAAGGAGCGCUGUCUAGAUGCUCAGAGGCUGGAGGUCUUUUAUAAUCGCAACCAGCAGCUCAAGGAGCAGAGCAAGAUCCUCCAGGACACCGUCAGUCUGCUGGAAGAAAGGGUCCGCGCAGGAGAGUGUGAUCGCUGUGCCGUCCUGAAGGAGAAGCUGAGAAGCAGCCAGGAUCAGAAUCUGGAUGUAAUCUGCAAACUGAAGGAUGAGAACAAGAACCUGGAGGAUGAAAACAGAAAUCUUCGAGCUGAACUGCAGAAGAUGAAGACCUCCCAAUGCUGUGUUUGUAUCAGGGCAGAACCCGGGGAGACCUCGCUGCAGGAGCCGGAGGACGCCGUCAUCCCAGACUCUCCGAUCUUCCUGCCCGUGGCGAACAAACUGAGGAAGCGUCAGCACUCCAACAGGAGAAAACACGUCCGUUAUGCAGAGACGCCUCUGCAGCCGACGCUCGGCUCCCUCUUUUCUGAGUUGAAGAAAGAGUCUGAUGGAGGUGCAAAGAAUUUUGGGAGAGGAGGCGUGCUCGUGCCAAACACUUGUGAACUGGACGCAUCUCAGAGCUCAAACGAGACGAGAGAAGGAGAGGGAGGAGGAGGAGGAGGAGGAGAUGGUUGCAGAAACCUGCGGCCUGGAGCUGCUCGGCAACCGUCAGCUGAGAACGGAGUUGCCUCCAAGUCAUCAAAGCAGCACCGACAGCGCCGGGCACCGCAACGUUCGUUUAAGGCAAGCUGGACAAGACCCGAUAACAUCGGGUCAGUCUGUUGUUUCCACAGGCAACUUAAAAUAAUCCUCUAUCUCUCUCUCACUUUAAGGCCUCUCUCGUCAUCAUUCGCACGGAUCCCCAGCCCAGACUCGACCACAGCGAGGUCGCCGUCUCUUCUUCCGAGCAUUAAAUGCUUCUCAGAGGAAGCCUCCGUCAGUCGGGCCAAGCGGAAGAAGGAGGAGGGUGACUGCGAGGUGCAGGGAGGCGGCAAAGCGGGGGUUAAAGUGGGGGUGGCCAAUCAGAGGGACGGCGAACCCUUACAGCCUGUAAGCAUCAGCCAGACCGCCGCACCCGUCUGCGAUCUUAGCCUUAAAACGCAGCAGCUGGACAACAAGGAUCCGUGCACACAAAGACAGACUCCCAACCAAAAGCUGGAUGUUUCCUGUGCCAGUCCUGCGUUCAAGAAGCCGCGCAGUAAAGCUACAGAGGAAGCAGGCGGGAGGAGGAGACCCCCACUGCAGGAUGGGAAACGGCUUCCAUCCGAAGACGCUGACAGGAAGCCCCCGGUGGAGCCUACCUGGAGCAUUGACCCUGCGCUCGCUUUGUCCAUGUAUGAGAGCCAGCAGAGAGAGGACCAGGAGGAAGAAAAGCAGCGAGCCGGAGAGCUGGCAGACACGGACUGUACCUGGGUCAGCCACAGCAUGCUGCAGCGCCGGGGGGAGGGCAGUCAGGGCGAGGAGGACAUGAAGCCUGGACUUGGUGAAAAGGCCAACGACAGUUUGGACAGGAUGUUUGACGCAACAACCUUCGGGGAGUACAAGUCCUACAACUGCUCGCACCUAGACCCGAGUCAGCACUCUGAUGAUGAAGAGGAGGAGGACGAUGUAAGGGAGGACGUUAACGAUCAAGAUCGCCCUGAAGCUGCUGCCGGCCACAGCGGAGCUCGGCAGCCGACGUUUGCUCACGUGGCCGUCGUCCGCAAGAAAGACGAGAGGAGGAAGCUGAAGGGCACCACGUGCAAGGAGUGUGAGGUGUAUUACGCUCACCUGCCGGAGGAGGAGAAACAGCAGAAGCUGUCGUCCUGCUCGAGGCAUCGAUAUCUCUACAUCCCUCCUUCUACCCCUGAGAACUUCUGGGAGGUCGGCUUCCCAUCAACACAGACCUGCAUUGAUAGAGGUUACAUCAAGGAGGAGAAGAAACCUCAGGCACGCUCACGAAGGCGUCAGCCGCUCAACGCUUUAUUCUCCCCGAAGCAAGGCCGGAAGCAAAGUUAAACUACAGACAGAUUUCCCUGAGCUGUACAGAACAGCGACGAGCUUUAAGGCAGAACGAGGACUUUCAUCAUUCCAGCUUGAUGCGUGACUCUUAGGACUUUGUGCUUCUUGUAGAUGGUGUAAAUAAAAUUAAGAGGUCUAAAACGAUGGAACUGCCUCCGAUCUUUAUAAAUUCAAA